AUGGCUUCAAGGCAGUCCGCAUUCGAUCUGUCCAAAUGCGCCCGACCAAACAUUCUUGCAUUGGAGCCCUAUCGCUGCGCACGCGAUGACUACAAGGACGAUGGCACGAAUAUCCUCCUUGACGCGAAUGAGAACGCGAUAGGGCCGGGUCUGGCGCUUAAUAAAGACGGGAAGCUUACGAACGACGCGUCAAAUGGCUCAGGACCAGCGAUUGACAUUGACCUACUCGGUCUCAACCGCUACCCCGACCCCCACCAAAUAGACCUCAAACAAGAUCUCUGCAGCCUCCGCAACUUCAAGGCUCACACCUCCAAAACCCUCACGCCCGCCUCUCUCUUCGUUGGCGUCGGCUCCGAUGAGGCCAUCGAUGCCCUCCUCCGUGCCUUCUGCGUCCCAGGCAAAGACAAGAUCCUCGUAUGCCCGCCCACAUACGGCAUGUACAGUGUCUCUGCGCAAGUCAACGACGUGGCGCUCGUGAAAGUACCUCUACAAAUACCAGGCUUUCAGCUCGACGUGCCUGCGAUAAAGGAUGCGCUAUCAAAAGACCCGAGCAUAAAACUAGCGUACUUCUGCUCGCCGGGUAACCCGACCGGCGCGUUGCUGAAGAAGGAGGAUGUUAAGCAGAUACUAGAGCAUGAGAGCUGGAACGGUGUUGUGGUCCUGGACGAGGCGUACAUUGACUUUGCGCCUGACAAUGCUAGUCUGGCAGAGUGGGUCACGGAGUGGCCGAACUUGGUCGUCAUGCAGACACUUUCGAAGGGAUUUGGCCUUGCGGGCAUAAGGUUGGGCGCAGUAUUUACAGACCCGGCAAUUGCACGUAUAUUGAACUCGCUGAAGGCACCGUACAACAUCUCGAACCCGACGAGCCAGCUUGCGCGCGCUGCGCUAGACCCGAAACACUUGGAGGUCAUGCACAAGAACAAGGACCUGAUUUUAAAGCAGAGGGAGAGGAUGUUGGCAGAGCUGCCCAAGGUACCCGGUGUUGGAAAGUCCAUUGGAGGCGAGGAGUCAAAUUUCUUGCUCUUCGAGAUGCUGGAUGCGCCGGCUGAUCAGGGUGGGAAACCAUCUAAUGAGACAGCAUUGGCUGUCUACGAAGGGCUGGCCGAAGAAAAAGGUGUGGUCGUGCGGUUUAGAGGAAAAGAAUAUGGAUGCUUGGGCUGCUUGAGGAUUACGGUCGGUUCCGAAAAGGAGGUUGAUCGCUUCUUGCAGGAGAUCAAGGUAGUUUUGCAGAACAUCUUCAAGAAGUCUGGAAAGUUGGGAGCGAACGAAGAAGAGAACAGGGAGAAGGAGGCUAACGCUGUCGUUGCAUAG